UUGACGCCUGAAGACCCCGCCCCUCCAGAAAAACACCCAUGACGUCACCUCAGAGCAUUACGGAAGUGAACUGGACGACGAAACCAAACAGACAGAAACCCACAUAAGUUGGGUGUACACUUCACUAGUACUUACAGAUAGUCUAUAAUCAUGCUGGGAGGAGGAUUCAAAGCAGAGAGGCUAAGAGUCAACCUGCGUCUGGUAAUUAACCGACUCAAACUCUUGGAGAAGAAGAAAACUGAGCUCGCUCAAAAGGCAAGGAAAGAGAUUGCAGAUUACCUGUCAUCUGGAAAAGAUGAGCGGGCAAGGAUCCGUGUGGAGCACAUUAUCAGAGAAGACUAUCUGGUGGAAGCCAUGGAGAUCCUGGAGCUUUACUGCGACCUGCUGCUGACUCGCUUUGGCCUCAUACAGUCCAUGAAGGAACUGGACCCAGGCUUGCAGGAGGCAGUGUCCACCCUCAUCUGGGCAGCGCCUCGUCUCCAGGCAGAGGUGAAUGAACUAAGAACUGUAUCUGACCAGCUCUGUGCAAAAUAUAGCAAGGAGUACGGAAAACUGUGCAGGACAAACCAGAUUGGCACAGUCAACGAUAGGCUGAUGCACAAACUGGGUGUGGAGGCCCCUCCCAAGAUCUUGGUGGAGCGCUACCUGAUAGAGAUCGCCAAGAACUAUAAUGUGCCGUAUGAACCCGACGCCAUGGUUCGCCCCGAGGUGUCUCUCGGAGAGGAAGCAGACCUGAUUGACGUGGACAAUGACAGGAGGGGUGGUAGAGGAGGAGGAGGAGGAGGAGGAGGAGGAGGAGGAGGAGGAGGCGGCGGCGGCGGAGGUUUCACUGUUCCUAUGGGUGCUAUGCCCAUGCCUAUGCCCAUGCAUAUGCCCAUGCCAUCAGCUUUCAACUAUCCACCCCCCAAAGGAGCCGAACCGUUUAAUUCUAACAUCGGGACCUACAACAACUUCCAGCACCCCAUGGGAGGAGGCCCGCCCCCUCAGCUGCCCACUUGUCCCCCCACAUACGAGUCUAUUGAUGACCUAAAUGACAAAGCUUCUUUUCCUUCCCAGGCCUUAGGUCCUGGCCCUUCAUCUCAGGUGUUUGACAACAACGCUCUCCCAGAACUCCCCUCUGUGCCCGACACACUCCCCACUGCCUCCUUCGGCAAAAAAACCACCAGCUCAGAUGACAUCGACUUUGAUGACUUAACGCGGAGAUUUGAGGAGCUGAAGAAGAAGACCUAAAUGCUUUAUCACUGGUCUAUAAAAAUGCACACACAUACACACUGAGCCUGUGCCGUCGCGUACACAGAACCCAAAAUGAUAAAGGUUCAUGGCUCUGAUAUUCUGAUUUGGAUAUUCCCCCCCCCAUGGUAAUAUUACAUAGAUAUUUAACAUACCUGUAUUCUUACCUCAUUUGUAUAAACAUGACCUUGACAGUUAGCAACAAUCUAAUUACUCUUGGCAGUGCCAUUGAGUACCAUAUGUUUUCAUUUCUUUCUGUAGGGAACAUAUCUGAUAUUAGUACAUGCAAUCUUGUUGGUGCUGACCCCCGUUUACUCCAUUUAGUCACGCCAACUUUUAUUUUUCUCUUAUUUGUCUGUGUAACAUUUUAUAUAACCAAACUUUUUUAGAUGUGUUUUUUCCCAGGGGUCUUUUGGGGUCUGAAGAAUAUAUUUUGAGAACAUACCUUGAUUCUUCUUUGCACAUGCUCUGUUGCUGUGAUCUUUGCCACUGUGUCACACAGUCCUGUCUCAGGCAAGUCAAACCAGCCCGACCUGCCGCUCCAGUUUCAUGGGGAGGUGCCAAUCACAAUAACAAAAGCUAGAGGUUGUUUCCGAGGCGAGGCUGAAAAUACCCGACAAUGAUGUUUGCAUGAAGGUAUGGGGUCAGAUGGAAAUCCCCUAUUUCAGCCUUGUGCAGUCAAAAGUUUAAGCUAUCUAGAAAGGACGUUUUGAAACACUCCCCUUCAAGGUUUAUUUGAUCAGAUUAUCAGAAAAAGUACCUCUGAGUCUUCCAGUUUAAAAUGUGACGCAGUUUUAAAUGUGACACAUUUAAAACAGGUUACAGGUGUGGUGGGGCACAGAUGUAAAGUUAUAAAAAAAGAAAUCUACACGAACGAUUGAACUGUACAGCAAAAAUAGUUUAAUUUUCCAGAGUUGUAUAAAAUUUGACAUAUUUGUAAAUCUCCAAAUAUUUAUUUCUUGCUCCUUUGAAUGCCUGUCCUACCAAAUAUCCACCCCUUUUUAUUGUUUAAGUAGUUAAAUGACAAAUUUAGACAGAAAACAGCAGCUGUGCCCAAUGUCAUUGCUUCGCUGUAUAUAUUGACCCCAGACGUUUGUGUUGCCCUAUGUUUUUGUUUGUGCAUGUAUCUCGUACUGUAUGCGCUCCACUGCAUUUGCCUUAGUUACCAUUUUUCAUCAGAGGCCUUGCCAGUCUGUCAUAGGAUUAUGCAUUUGUCAUCCAUCAAGACUGGAUACAUCUUUCCUGUUGUGAUCAGAUCACACCUCGAUUUAUUUGCUCUGCCCAUGAACAAUUCCCUCACAAUAUUCAGAUUUUAGGAAAAACGGCUGUCCAUUUUCUUAUGGAGAAAUAUGCAUUGCAGGCUUUUGUUGUACAGCGUGGACACGUCACUGCAGCCUAACCACACCUAGCUCUGCUUGCAUGGAAAAUUAAUGGUGGCCUCUAAUAAAUGAUUCAGUGAUCUCUGGCAGUGAAGAACAGCUUUAUAAAUUAAAGCUAUCCAGCUGGGUGAUGGACACAGUUCAUUGAUAGGUUCAACAUGUGUGGCAGGGUAGACAUAUUAACACUAACAACUGUGAUCUUCUCACUGUCUUUUCUAUGUCUGACUGUUCUCUCAUGCUAAACACUGACACAUAAUGGUGUCUGAUUGCAGAAAUGAUUUUUCCACUGUAUACUGAAGUAACAAUUGAAUAAAGAUUAUUUAGAACUGGAA